UGUGUGUCGCGAUUUGUGGUUAAAGGUUGGUACCGCUGAUUUGUUUCGUCAAGAUGUCUGUUGUGAAUCUCGACUCGCGACGAUAUUUUCCAAAACAUACAAAUAGUGAUUGAGGAGGAUUCGUAUGGUGAUCAAGUUUCGUGAAAAAGCUGUCUGAAAAUGAGCGCCAGACUUCUGAAAGAUCCAGCUACCGCGUCCAGCCGUAUAUUUGUAGGCCAUUUACAAACUGACGAUGUUACGAAACUGGAGCUGGAAGAGCAUUUUGCCAAAUAUGGCACUGUUAUAGCGUCAAUAAUAAACAGGGGCUUCGGAUUUGUACAAUUUGAAGAGGAGCAGUCUGCACAGAAAGCUAUUCAAAAUGAAGAUGGUGCAAUGUUUAAAGGCAGACGUAUAGAUGUCAGACCAGCAAAGAAAGAUAAUCAAUCUAGCAGUGGUGGAAAUGCAGGAAAUUCAAAUGCAAAACAAAUGGGUGGAUCAAAUAAUCAGUUUAAUUCCAUGAAUAAUCAAUUCAGUAAUGCAAAUGAACCGUUUGGUGUGAAUAAACCAAAUUAUAGUGGUGGAAUGAAUCAGAAUUUUGGGACUGAUAAUACCUUUGGCAACAACCAAAAAGAUUUGAAUGCUCAAGCUAGAAGCGGUGGAAAUAUCCAUUUUGAUGAUGGAAAUCAAGUUGGAAGUAAAGAUGAUCAAUUUAAUGGAAAACAUAAUAAUAAUGGAAAUGAUUUUAAUAAUCCUACACAAAAUCGUGGAAAUAAUCAAUUUAACAUGAAUAAUCCAAAUCGCGUAAACGAUCAAUUUGUUACCGGUCUCAGUAAUCAAAACAGAGGCCCUAAUAAUCAGUUUGGAAAUAACAACCAAAUGGGAAAUCAGAACAGACCCGGAGGAAUUCCAAAUAGAAAUCAAACUAAUCAGGGUAAUAACCAAAACCAAAAUGCUAGUGGUGGAGCAAUGGGUCCUGGUGGUCCUGUUCAUAGACCUCGCGGAACGAGAGGUGGAAAGAAUAGAAAUAAAAAUAAUCAGAACAAUCCGAACAAUCCAAAUAUAAAUAAUUUUAGAGAUCGAAGUCCAAUUAAUAGGAAUCGAAUGGAAGAUAAAACAAAUAGAGACUGGGAUCUUAAACAAGGAGAUAGAUUACGUAACAAUAAUUUUGCCAGAGAUUCAUUUAAUGACAGUGGAAAUCGAUACGAUGAUUUCAAGACUUCUGGUACUAGAGAGACAAAUACGAAUUUUGGGAAUACCAGUGGAUCAUCCGAUUAUCUUACCAUUGCAGCUGAAAAGAAUGACUGUGAAAUUAUUGUCGUUAACAAAGCAUUGACGAAAUAUGCAGAAGAUAUUGAGUUACGUUUGAAACAAGUUGGUUUAAUGGUAGAUUUGCUGUUUCCAAAUGAGGAUGUUCCUUUAGGCCGUGUUUUGGGAAAUAUAGCGAGUCGUGGUUGUCUUUAUGCCGUAGUUGUUACUCCUGUCAACCUCGAGCAUCAUUCCUUAACACUCAAUAUUUUACAUGGUUUGCCACAAGAACACAGAAACAUGCCUGUUGAAGAUGCUAUAAGUUUGAUUUCACGAGAUUUCGCAAAUUAUAAAGCUGGCGGCCGUUCAGUUCCCUUGAAUACACCUCUUACAAAUGAGCGUCAUCCGGACGCUAUACAAGUUCUUCUUAAUAUGCUGGCUGACAAUCGUCAACUAACGGUUCUGCAAUAUGAUCGCGUCAUAAAAUAUCUUGACAUGAAACGCGAGGAACAGGUACAAGUUGAAUUAGGCGAUGCAAAAGAUUUGCCGGUAAAAACACCAAUUACGCCAGUCAACGACCCGAAACAGGCCGAAUUACAAACGAGAAUAUUGAAUAUUCUAAAUAAUAGUAAAAGUGCAUCAACAGCAGCAGAGCCCAGUCCAGUGCCACCACCGACUUCGGCACCAGCCCCUGUACCACCAGCUAAUUGGGGAACAGCAUCAAACGCGGCUACAUCAUCCACAACAACCCCUUCUACAGGAGUUUCACCUUCGCCUCUCCUAAAUGAUCCGACAGUUCAGAAAGCUCUUGACAGUCUUUUGCAAGGUAAUCUAUUGAAAAACAUCGGCGAUCAACAACCACCACCUGCAACAACCACCGGAACACCGUUAUUCGCUGCUUUUUCCAAUAUCGGUAGAUUUUAACGGCCACACGAAUUCUAUUAUAAGAUCUUAUAAGUUUUAGGAUUCUUUAUACUUUUCCCAUUUUAUUCCGUACUAAAUAUACAAUCGCGAAAAAACGCAGUCAAAAAAAAGGAGAUGGUAGAAGCAGCAUUGCAAACAUAAUAUUUUAGUACAUUGUAUAUUAACCGUGUAAAAUGAUAAAUUCAAGAUAAAAAGUUUAUAGUAACUAUAAGAGCACAACAAUUAUGAUUCGAAUAUUCACAUAAUUAUUGUUACUGCCUAUGUGUAUGUAUCGUUGAUAAUAUACUUCUCUAAAUAGU